AUGAUUUAGAAGGAGAUUAACUCCUCUUGUUAAUUGAAAACAAUUAUCGUUAGGUAUUCUAAGCUACUUAAUAUUAGAUCCAAGCUUGUCCUUAGAUGUAGAUCUUUAGGAUUUCUAUAAAAUACUAACUCUAUCUGUCACGCUGCCAUUAUUAGUUUUUUGUCAUAUAGUUUGAUUGAACAACAAAUCUUCAAUAAAACCUUGAGAAAUUUUUCUAUUAGGGAACUGUUGAGGAGGGAUUAAAGCAUUCUUAGAACAAAAAGGCUUAGCCUUUAGAGGAAUCCUAGUCGGAGAAAAUGCAAUUAAAUUUAAUUACUUCCAAACACACUGAUUUAGAAUUAGGAGUCUUCCAACAGUAUUUCAUACAUCUAAAAAGUGAUUAUUUUAUGGAAAUUGACAUGA